AUGGAUAGGUACGAGAAGGGGGAGAAGCUGGGCGACGGUACGUACGGUGUGGUGUACAGGGGCGUGGAGAGGGCGACGGGGCGCGUGGUUGCGAUGAAGAAGGUCCUUAUGCGGCACAGAGACAAGGAAGGCAUCGACCGCACGGCGAUCCGGGAAAUCAAGCUUCUCAAGGAGCUCGACUCCGAGUACGUCGUGCGGCUGUACGAUUCGUUCGUGCACAAGGACAACAUCUGGCUCGUGCUUGAGUACUGCCACAACAACCUCGAGCACGUCAUCACCGACAGAUCGCUCAGCGUGUCGGAAGCCGACGUGAAAGCGUAUGCGCGGAUGGCCGCGCUGGGCCUCGCGCACUGCCACGAGCGCCACGUCAUCCACCGAGACAUCAAGCCGAACAACUUCUUGUUCGGCCAGGACGGCCGCCUCAAGCUCAUCGACUUCGGCCUGUCGCGAACCUUCGGGUCCCCCAACACGAGGUACUCCCCUCAAGUGUUUAACAUUUGGUACCGCUCGCCGGAGCUCCUGCUCGGGGCGCGCAAGUACGGCCUCGCCGCGGACGUGUGGGCGCUCGGCUGCUGCAUCGCCGAGCUGUACCGGCGCAAGCCGCUGUUUGUGGCGGGCAGCGAGCUGGGCGUGCUGGGCAGGAUACUGGACACGCUCGGGUCGCCCACCAAGUCCGACUGGCCCGACCUCACCGCGCUCCCGAACGCCGUCAUGGUCCCGCGCGAGCGGAAGGCGCCCGUGCCCCUGUCGUCGAUCGUCCCGGGCGCGUCACCCGCGGCGCUCGACCUCCUCGGGCGCAUGCUACGGUGGAAUCCUGCGGCGCGCCCGACGGUGGCGGAGGUGCUGGCGCACCCGUACUUCACGGGCGGCGUCGCGGACACGCCGAUGGAGCGGCUGCCGCACGGGCGGUCGCAGGACGAGAAGGCGUCGGGCAGCGGCGGGGGCGCGAACGGCGAUGCGGGGCAGGGAAAUGACAGCGGGAGUGAGCCGCCGAGGACGCGGCGGCGGAUCAACGAGGCGGGCGACGCGGUUGCCGGGGACGCGAACGGUGCGCGGACGACGGGUGGCGCGGUGGCGCGGGCCGCGGUGGGCGCGGGGGGGAGUUUGCCGGCGCCUGCGCGGGGCGCGGUGACCUGUGGGGACAAGCCCGCGGCGGGGCUGCACGCGGCGCACGCGGCGCAGGAAACGCCCGCGCGCAAGCUCAACAUGGCGACGAUGUUCGACGACUGCGACCUGACUCCAGGGCCAGGAUAA